AGUUCGUUAUCAAGCGUUAUCAAGGAUGGAUGUGAAAUAUCAUUGGAAAUAGGUAUUCAACAUAUAAAUACACAUUCUGUGCAAAGGCAAAUUUUCACGACUGAAAUUCCGGAGUCAUAACCUAAAUCAAACGCAGCUCGUUUUACCGCUCUUCAAAUUGUUACUUGCAAGUAGCCAAAGGUCGAUCUGGACAGAGCUUCCAACUUCAGCCAGCCGUGUUCAGGGCUCCAGCCACUUUAAUUUCGGAGGCCAAGACUCGGUCGUAUGCAAACGUCGACAUCUUCGAAUUUCUUUCGCCGCUGGCAAGUACCUCUAGGUGACAAAUAGUUCAGUUCAUCACACCGACAACUGUGAGAAUCAUACCAGACUGCCUUAUAGGUGCGGUGUAGGUAACGUGGUGAAGUUAUGACGUGUCGUCGCUAUACUUCCUGGGGAGGACGGCGGCCGGUGAUGCGCCGCGGGUGACGGCCGUGGCGGCGACAUGAGGGUCACCGUGCUGACCCCGUCGCGGACCAAGAUGCUGCUGGAGGAGGUGGACACGCUGAGAGACGUCAAGCGCCAGAUCACGGCGCGCACGGGCAUUCCGGCCCGCCAGCAGCUCGUCUACUUCAAGGGCCGCCAGCUGAAGUCGCUGCGGCGGCCCCUGGAUUCGUACUGUGUGCGGGACGGCGCCACCCUCUACCUGGUCAAACGGCUCGGUGUCUGCCGCUGCCUGGCGUGCCGCAACAGCAGGUACAUCGAGCGGGAGGAGGCGGCGGAGGAGCGUCUGCAGCUGCUCCGGCUGCUGGCCGCCCCUGCUGAGGGCGCCGGCGCGCGCGCCGCGGAGGAGGCGGCCGGGCUGCUGGCCGGCGCCGAGCUGGAGCUCAGCGCCGGCACGCCGGACCGGCCCUCGGACGGCGCGGACGGGCCGGCGCGGGCCCGGCCGGCUGGGAUCGCCCCGGAGGACAUGGAGGGGGCCGCCGAGGGGAAUGACGAUGGCGCUGGGGCGGAAAUCCAGGAUCUAGAGGAGGACGGCGAGGAGCUAGAGGAUGCUGACGGCGCAACAGACGAUGCUGAAGAGGCUGAGGAGCCGGCGCUGGAGCUGGAGGAUGCCGAAGAAGACGGGGAAGAGGCGAUGGACGCGGUCGCCGGAGAGACGGAAGACCUGAGUGAGGAGCCCGAGGACGCAGACGAGGAGCUGGAGCUGGAGCUGAGCGGCGAGGAGCUGGAGGUGCAGCCGAGCGGCGAGGAGCUGGAGCUGAGCGGCGAGGACCUGGAGCUGAGCGGCGAGGAGCUGGAGGUGCAGCUGAGCGGCGAGGACCUGGAGCUGAGCGGCGAGGAGCUGGAGCUGAGCGGCGAGGACGCGGACGACGAGGAGGAGCACGAGGAGGAGCCGGACCUGGCCGAGCUGGAGGACGAGGAGCCGGCGGCGGUCUCCGGCGGCGGCCCCCCGGAGCCGGUGCGCGACCUGCUGCUGGCCAUGACGCGGCCGACGCCGGCCCCGGAGGACGCCGAGGACUCCCAGGAGGAGGAGCAGUACCCGGAGGACGACCCGCUGUUCGACCCGCCGGACGAGGAGGACCCGCUGCUGGCGCCGGCCGAGCACCAGGAGGACGCCGGCUACAUGUCCGGGGACGAGAUGGACCGACCGUGAGGCCGCUCAGAGCGGGGCACCGCCCGGCCGGCCGGCACUCACUGCCUAGCGCAGCACCGCGCUUAUAACAGUACAAAAUCGCACU